UGCCCAUCGAUCGCCCCCCGGCCGGGGCUCGGGGCAGGACCCCCGGAGCAGAGCAGCCCGGGACAAUGGCGGAUCGGGGCGUCUGAGACUCCGGGAGCAGGAUCCUCCGGGAUCGGCCUGCGGGGAUCGCUCCCGACCGGCAGCCAGUCCCGAGCCUCUCCCCCGCCCGCCCCCCGAAGAUGAGUCGAAACGUUCAGGUGAUCCCUGUGGCGUCUCCACUCAGGAAGAAACGGCUGGACUUCGAGGAUACCCCUGACUCAGAGGCCUCAAAGCCCAAGCGUCCCCGAUUGGGUCCAGUGUCAGGACUCACUCCAUGCCUGCAGCCCCUUGCACAGCCACCUUGUGCCGUGGACCAGGACUCCAGGGUCUUGCGGAUUGGACCGUACAUCCUUCUGGAGCCCAGGGAAGAGGGCCACUCCUACAGGGCUGUGCACACGCACACGGAGACGGAGUACAGCUGCAAGGUUUAUCCGGCAAGGAGUUACCCAGAGACGAUGGCCCCCUACGGGCACCUCUCACCCCACCCCAACGUGGCCCAGGUUGCUGAGGUGAUCCAAGGGGACCAGAAUGUCUACAUCUUCUUCCAGCCUGGCAGAGGUGACAUGCACAGCCACGUCCGCUGCCGCAAGCGGCUACCCGAGAGAGAGGCCGCUGGGCUCUUCCAGCAGAUGGCCGAAGCGGUCGCCCACUGCCAUGACCAUGGGGUCAUCCUCCGAGACCUCAAACUCCGCAAGUUCCUCUUCGUGGACAGGGAGAGGACAAAGCUGGUGCUGGAGAACCUGGAGGACGCCUGUCUUCUGAGCGGCCCAGAUGACUCUCUGUCGGACAAGCAUGGCUGCCCGGCAUACGUGGGCCCGGAGAUCCUCAGCUCCAAGAACUCUUACUCAGGGAAGGCGGCUGACGUGUGGAGCCUGGGUGUGGUGCUCUACACCAUGCUGGUGGGGCGAUACCCCUUCCAGGACACUGAGCCUGCCAUGCUCUUCAGCAAGAUCCGCCGAGGGGUCUUCUCCAUCCCGGAUGGCCUCUCCCCCAAGGCCAGGUGCCUUGUCCGAUGCCUCCUGCGCAAGACCCCGUCUGAGAGACUGACGGCCCGUGAGAUUUUGCUCCACCCCUGGCUAGCGAGCGGUGGUGCUGCCUCCGAGGACUCGUGCACAAACCCCUCUGGGGAGCAGGGGCUGGAGCAAGUUGUGCCAGACACCUGGAGUCAGGAGGAGGUGGAGGAGGAGGAGGAAGAUCUGCACAGUUAAGCAUUCAGAGGAUCCCCAAGGAUGCAUUAGCGAAGGGGCCCUCCAUGCCCCCAGGGAACCUUAGACUGUCGGAUGCCCCAGGCGAGCUGGGGCUGGUGACUGUUUGUCUAAGGGGGGUUGCUGCUCAGAUCCGGGUAACGCUGGGCCUUUGGCGGCCCCAGCAGGGCCCAGAGCCAAGACUUGCAAACCCAAGAGCCUCAGAGGGGGAGCUGCGGUUGUCCAGGCACGUGUCUGAAUCCUGCAGAGCAGGAAAGUGCCUUAGCCUGACACGGCGAUUCAGGGCAGACAGGACUAAAUGGGAACAAGCUUCCAGCGUGCCCUGGUCUAGGGGGCUCCCGCUUCCAGCGUGCCCUGGUCUAGGGGGCUCCCGCUUACUUGUGCCAAAGAACUUGUUCAGACUCUGAUCACCAGCAGUGCCCUCCCAGAGGGAUGGUGCGAUUCCCAUUCCCAGACAUAGGGUUCCGGAGGCAGGGAGUGGCCAGGGAACUGAGGCAGGCCCUGGCGUCUCUGGGUUCUGCACCAGUCUUUGUGUCUGUGUAGGAGCAGGAUGGGUGCAGAGGGGGCUGAGCUCUGAUACCAGCUUCCUGAAGUGUGUGUGUGUGUGUGGGGGGGGGGGGGGGCCUUUCCCAGAGGGCAGCAGGACAGCAGGCAUGGGAGGGCGUUUGAGGAGCUCCUUGUCUUGUGUCACCUGGGAACUGACCUUUGCAGCAGCCAGGGCCGUGGCUCCGUGGAGCUUGGAGGGUAGAGACGCUAAUGGGCAGAGCAGAGAAGGGGCUGCCGUCUGGUGAGGUAGAGAGGGAUGCCGCUGGGUGGGAGCGAGAACAAGACGGGGGUGGGGAGGGUUCCAAGGUCAUGUCAGAUCAGAGCCCAAGAGCCCAGAUCAGAGCCCAAGAGGGGUGCCCACAGCCACCUCUCCUUCCCUGUGUAGCUGUAGCCCAUACAGACUACAAGUCCCAGCAUGCAGUGCUCCCCCUGAAGCAGAGGGGCAGGGGGCACACUAUGCUGGGGUGGGGCAGGGAGGGCGGCUACAGCCUGCCCCAUUUGCCAGGCACAGCUCUUGGGCUCCUAGCAAUGAGCAAAUAAAGGCCCUGUCCAAGCAGUUCACUCCCCUCGGGGGGGGCAGAGAGUGAGCCCCGGCAGGGUGGGGGUGCUAUGAGGUCUUUGCACUAUUGUGCCAUGCAGCCUGCCCCCCCUCACCCCAGUCUUGUCCUGUGACUGCAGCAGGCUGACUUUGCUCUGUAACCUCCCCACUGGGGACCCUGUCCUGGAUCAACCCUGCCCUUUGCUCCACCCCAGGAGCCUGUGGCAGGUCAGCCCUGCCCCAUCCCCUUGGGCCAGGGGGUGGGGGGCCGGCAGCAGCCCAGAACUCUGACCAUACGUAUCUCAGGGAGUUGUCAGGCAACUGGUUUCUGGGGAGCGGCCGGCGUGCGCAGAAUAGACCUGCCUGCUCCACCCGGCUUAGCCCAGCCGGGCACCUGCCGCUCUCCCAGCACAGACCUGGGGCCUCACCUCUCCCGGGGCUCUGCAUUCGUAGCGUGCGUGUUAUACCCCGACCAUGUGUUGACACGACAGGGCCCAGGCCAAGACUCGUUUGUACACAGCACCAUGUGUCUAUUUUUCUGUCUUUUGACAAAUAAAAGGUUUGUAACACUGG